AUGGCCGAGCCGGAGCCGAGCCGGGCGGCCCUGCUGGGCUUCCUGCGGGAGCACGGCGGGCAGGUGCGGAGCGCGGAGCUGCGGGGCCGCUUCAAGCCGCUGCUGGAGGCCGGCGAGCCCGGGGAGCGAGCCGCCCGCCGCGAGCGCUUCACGGCGCUGGUGAACAGCGUGGCCGUGGUGAAGGAGCUGGACGGGGCCAAGUUCGUGGUGCUGCGGAAGAAGCUCCGAGCCCAGGCUGGGGGGGAGCCGGGCGAGGGGGCGCAGCCCCCCGAGGCGCCUGCGGAGGGCGCUGGGCAGAGCGGGGCAGGCGGGCAGGGGCGCGCCCCCGAGCCGUCCCCUGAGGAGAGCCGGCGCCCGAAGCCUGUGUCCGAGCUGAGGGGCCUGUUCCAGAGCCAGGACGGCGAGACGCCUGGGCCCCCCCCGGGGAUGGCCGGGCCCCCCAAGAGAGAGGCCCCCCAGAAGCCCUGCAUGUUGCCAGUGCGCUGCCCGCAGCCGGCUAGAGGGGCUGAGGAGCUGCCAAGGCAGCAGGAGCAGCUUGAGGACACACCCGGGCUGCAAGUGGGGACCCUGCUGGCCCUCCCUGAGCCGGCCUCCCCCAGAUCCCCGCACAUGAAGAGGAGGCAGGUGGACGAGGCGGGUGCCAGGUCGCCCCACCUGCGAAGGGUGUCAAAGACUCAGAAGGUGAGCGAAGAAACCGGCUACACUGCUGCUGUUCCCCUGGAAUCUCUGGAGCACGAAUGGCUGGUGAAAGCCACCGCCGGCCAGUGGUCCCAGCGGCUUCAUGGCCUCUUACUGACCGAUGCCAAUCUGGCAGGGAAAAGGGACUUCAUGUCCGGGUUCACAGCUCUGCACUGGGCAGCUAAGAGUGGGAACUGUGACAUGGUGGGGAAGAUCAUUGAGGUGGCCAAGAAAGGUGGCACUGAAAUCGAUGUGAAUGCGAAGUCCUACGGAGGUUACACUCCCCUCCACAUCGCUGCCAUACAUGGCCGAGAAGAUGUCAUUACCACAUUGGUCAAGACAUACAAUGUCCAGGUUAAUCUGAGAGACUACAGUGGGAAAAAGCCACACCACUACUUAAAGGAAGGGUCCUCUUAUGCAGUCAGGCAUCUGCUGGGUGAUCCUGACCUUCACAACAGUAUCGGACAUGCCUUUCCAAUCAAGAAAAACCCAAAAAUUGCUGCUUCCAUCUUGAGCUCCACCAGCACCUUCCUUGGAGUCUUAUCUGAUGACAUGCCCUUCUAUGAUCUAAGCAGGGGUUUGAAGAAGACUUCUUCCUUAAAUAAGCUCCUUAAUGCAUCUGCAGGCUCAAGGAAGAAGCCUAAGACUAGGGGGACUUUCCCGUCUUACUCUUCUCUUGUCGAAGCAGUGGAGGAAGAGCAGGAGGAGGAGCAGGCCACAGUGAAACACAGACCAGUUUCUGAGCUGUUCUUCAGUCACUAGUCUCUGUCUUCUUGAAAUCAAAGUAAUGCAAAUAAUGUAUAGAAGUUUUCUUGGGCCCAGAUCCUCAUGGAUAUUUAGGCUCCUAACUCCCAGAGAAAUCAAUGAGUUAGGUGCCCAAAUACCUUUGAGGAUCUAGGCCCUGGUCAUCUUUCACAGAAGCAGUCUGUUUCUCCCCCCCCCCCCAACUCCCCUCCCCAAGCUGUUUAAUGGUCAACUAUAUAGGGUCUGAUUUCAAAACUCAUUGAAGUCAAUGGCAGUCUUUCCAUUGAUUUCAACAAAGCUGAAUCAGAUUCUCUUAAAAAUACUGUACCUACCGAUGUACUGAUGUGUUAAUUUAAUUCACAAAGACUCCCUAACUCUAUGCCUAAUGGCUGCAAUAUUUAAAAAAAAACAAUACUGUGUGGACAGGUUACAAUGCUUAACAUACAAUCUUCUUAAUCUACAAAUUCCUCCAGUGAGUUUGUAAUUCUUUGAGGUGGAAAGUAGGACUAGGAUAAGGGAUUGUUGCACAUUUUAUUUACACCUUGAUUUUAAGAUCAAUCAAACGUACUGUAAUUUAAAAUGGCUUUUUAUCCUGCAGGUUUAAAUAACAAGUUAAAUAAUAAGGAAGAUGGAUAAUUCUGUAUGACAUUUCCAAUUAAUUUGGUAACAAAUAGAUAAUGACAAAGAAAAUCUGUUUUUUAAAAGAUUUAGUGCUCUAACUUUUUAAAAACAAACUUAUCUGCUAGAAAUGCUAACUAGCAACUAUUCUAAUUGUUGUCUAAUGUAUUUUACUGUGUGUAGAAUACAAAACCAUUUAUGCAAUGAGAAAAAGCAACCCUAGCCCAUCGAAACACUAACCUGUCUACCUCAAUUUAAAUGCUAAAUUACCAUUGUUGACUUCAGCAUUUUUUUAGAACUUUCUGACCACAAAACAAAUGGUAUCAACCAGCUAUUUUGAUAAUACUGUGAACUUUUAAGUGUAAUGGUAAUUUAACAAAUGCGCCUUUAAAAGAAUCUAGCAGACUUUUAAAAUGUAUGAUAGUGGGACAUUCAGGUGAAAAUCUAACUACAGGGAAAUUUUCCUCAGACUAUAGAUUUUUAUAUAUGGAUAGCCAACUGGAAAUACAAGUUUAGGUGACUAUUUUUGUGUUGCUUGUCCUAUAAAUGUUAAGAAUUGUGUUUGACCCAAUUACAAUAAAGAGUUAUAAAACCAAGGUUUAAUGAUGUUAGGUAUUUCAUAACAAAAUGCCUGCAUGACCUCUACUAAAACAACGUGUAUCUGAACACUGUGUUCCUCUUGCCUCUUCUUUCUGUCUGGAUGUUCACACAGUUCAACAUAUAAUUCCAAAGAGCAUGUGAAUUUUGUGUUUAGUGCCAUGUGAUAUUUCC